AUGCGGUAUUUAUUCUUCGUUAUUUUCUUUUUCCUGGUGUUUAAAUCAAGCAAGGAAUAUCUGCAUCAGCAACUUAUUAUAGACAGACCUUCUUUUCUAUCAGUUGCGCCGCUGAAUUCAAUGGAGGAUGGUUUUCGGAUAGUCCCGGCCUUUGGAAAUAAUGUGGAUUGUUCUAAGUUUAAUGCUUUAGGCGUUUCGGCCGGAAUGCCUUCUGACAGAUGCGUUUGCAGCAACGAUGCGGCAACAUUUAGUUUCUUCAAAGGAAAAUGGCAAUGUGUGGAUAACGAAGAUUUUAGGGAACUUGAAGGUACAUUAUAUAAAAAUUACUUAUUGUAAGCCCUUUUUUUAUUAUUGAAUUAACAGCAACUAUUACAGCCAUUUUUCCUUGUUCUGUUUACCAACACCAUUUUACCUGUAGACUUUUUUUUAAGUUACUUUUAUUGUUGUUGCUUGUAUUGUCUUUUGUUGUUGUUGCUAUAAGCCACUGCCGUUGCUAGCAUUACUGUGAAUUUCCGACUUAAAUCUAACGAAUAUCUGAGAUAUUAAUCUUAAAACUUGAAUGAAAAGGCGAUUUUGUAACUGCGGAAAUAGCCGUCCAAUUCCGUUAUUUUCUUAGCAGGCAGUUAUCGUCUUGUUUCUUUUACUUUGUUUACAUAUUUCAUUUAUGAAGAGGACGUUCGUGAUUAACCAAAACUGGCCUUUCUUAUAACCCCAAUAACAAUUAACAAAAUAAAUAAGUUAAAAAGAUUUUCACGCUUGCGUAAUUAUUGGAUAUUGGCUUUUUGUCUUUGUUAACCCUUGUCUAUGCUGCGAUUGUAAUGAUGCUACGAGCUAAAAAAUUAAUACCACGUAUGCACGUGAGUACGACCGGUACGUAAAGUCUGCUUAAAUUCAUGUUAAGUUACAAAAAGGUGUUGAAUUAGUAACUUUGGGGAGAAACCUUGCCUUAAAAGUCAUCAAAAAGAACAAGAUGAUGCAUGUACAAUUUUUACUUAUCUCUCAAGUAUAUUGCUGUUUUAGGUUAAUUCAGGGUUGAAGUCAUUACUUAAUGUCUUUACCCAUACUCAAAAUGCUCCUGUGAAGCUAUGGAAAAGUUAUCAUGAUAACUUUUUUUGGUGAUUUCUGCUGGCAUAGCAUUCAAAAAUUCAAAACGCUGCGGUCCAACUUUUUCAAGUUUUAAUCUAUAUCCAUCCUUGAUCCGUUACAACAGACGACAGGAAACAGUUUCAAUGUCUAAUUACUGACUUAAAGAACAAAACGAGUUAAGACCAUUAUUUUUGGAAUUCAAUUGAUGAGGAAAACGUUUUAGGUUUUGGAAAGAUAUCAAAUAGCCUCGUGACAUAGCCCCUUUUUCCAUACAGGGGCAGUUCACCUGCUCCGAAUUGUUGACACAAGCAAGCCGUGGUAAAUAUAUUGCGCCGUCGACUCUAGUUGCGCCAGACAAGCGCUCAUAACAGCCUUAUUCCGAAGAUGGUAUUAAUGGCUCGACAGGUGGUUGAUUAGAUAUAAUUAGGCGUUAAGAGGCUAAAACGUGCUGAGAUGAAGACCACAGCAUGCUGAAACAUUGAGACGUAGGCAGAAGCACAUGAUAAUAGAAAUAAAUCACUUUUAGACUUUGAGCAAAGAAAUAUGACAAGGUUUUACUCCUUCUUCCAAAAAAUUUCAUUAUUUUACAGACUGUGGACUUCUGUUAGAGUGUGGACAUCCCUUUAAAAAAUCUUGAAUACUGGGAAUAAACUUUUAGACUAUGAGUAAAGAAAUAUAACACUGAUUUACUCCUUCUUACUCCUAAAAUAUUUCAUGUUUUUACAGACUGUGGACUACGGUUUCCAAUGGAGAGUGAAGAAACCCCUUUAAAACUCUUAGCGGACAGAGAUGAAAUGGUCAUAAACCUUCCGCCACGGAAUUGCUCUAUCAAUGCUUCUUCUUGCAUGUACCUUGACUGCCAGACUUGGCGGCCAAUUGAUAAGAUGAUAGUGAUCGACAAAUUUCGCUUGACUCACCGGAAAAUGGAUAAUCAUAUGUUAAAAGUAAGUUUUCUUUUGAUACUUCAGGCUAGUACGUAACAUAAAAAAAGUCAUAGAUAUUCAGCAGCCAUAUUGUCCAGUUGAAUGCAAGGAAUCAAUUACGUACUAACGCGCAAGGACCUUUAGGUUCUAGCGGAGUGUUUUUAUUUAUUUGAAGAUAGGAAAACACCAUAACAAUCCAUGUCAAGAAACAACUCUUUAUCAAGAAAAACAUAAUGGAGGAAGAGUUUUUAAACACUCACAGCUCGUGUUUUGUCAAUUCUAAAACUCUUGCACUUCGAGUUCGCACUCAAAUUUUUUUUUGACCUUGAUUAAACAAUGCUGUUCGUGUUUUAAACAUAACAUAAAAUCGUCCAAUUAAAACGGAGUGAUUCAUUCGUGCGAUUUUUAUACGAUGGAAUGUGUGCCACCAGAAGGCGUUGCGUGCGAAAACGUGCGAUAAACCUGCGGCGGAUGUCACGUGCAAAAAAAGUAGCUGAUGUCAUGCCUCCCGGUUUUUAAGGAAUUUCAAGAAUAGAAAUAAAAAUAAAUAAACUAAAGAAAAUCAUUUGUCAUCUGCAUCUCGUCCCCUCAUAAGUGAUUUAGAUUUCCGGGAAAUUGCCUACCUACCCCUCCCCUAACCUCACGUUUUGCCCUAAGUGAGAAGUAAUAGUUGACCUUGAGUUAGGGGAGGGGUAGGUUGGAAGUUUCUCGGAAACCUAAACUGAUCUGCAAAAUAAUGAUCUUCAUUUUGCAGGUUCUCAGUGGAAAUUUCUCGUCUUUUCUUAACGGCAGAGUUAUAAAGCUGAGCAUUACAUGUCUUACCUCGGUUGAAAAGCCAUGUUUGAUUUUCAAACUUAAGGGAUCCAUCACGUGUAAGUUUUACUUUUAUAUAUCUAAAAUUUAUACAAAUUGAUUCACUGAGUCAAAUGUAAGUACGUUAGCUAAAACUACCGACGGUAAGUUUCACGGUUUUGACUUGACAGGGAAAUGAACCCUCAACAUAAGCCAUUCAAAGCUAGAGAAGCCAUUUAGGGUUAGCCUACGUAUACGCUCUCUUGGAGAUGCCCGAGCUCAACUCUGGGGACGGGACGAGGAAGUUCUCCUCGCUCUCUCCACUCUAUGCGUGCAACAAGAGCUGGAGAAAGUAAGCUUGCCCGGAGGUACAUGGAGAGGAAGGUUGGCCAUUUUCUUCAGGGAGCUAAUAUCAAAACUUACAAAUAGUUUAAUUUAUUUAAAAUGAAAGUUGUGUUGUCAUUGAAAAACAUGCCAGUCCACUCCAAAGUUCUUAGCCCUUAAUUUAGUCCUUUUUCUCGCGUAAUCAUUAAAAAGUUUCAUAAUGAGAGGGUACGAUUUUUAGAGUCUCAAACCAACCCGUGGCAUGAUCGUAUCUGUUAAAAGUAUGAGCUGUAACAAAAAACACAAAAAAAGUAUCUGAUGUAGGUAAAAAGAAAUGAUAAGUUUUAUCCUUUUUAUAAUAAAAUUAUUAAGGCACAUAAUAUUAACUGUAAUUGAAUGAGGCUGAGUAUGAUAUAAAGAAUUAUGUUCAUCCACCGAGGCUGCAGGCCGACACUAAUUAUAAAUCGACACGUUAACAGCUUCUGCUAAGUGUUAUUUGAUCUAUACAGGUCCCUUUGAGCAGGAUAACGCCCAGACAACAAUAAUGGCCUCUCCCCCAUCAACUUUGCAACAAAUAUAUUCAAGCACACCUUUUAAAGAGUUUUUGAGCAAGUCCACGGUCCAUUCUUACAAGCAGACAGAAAGGGCGACGGUCUCAUCUUCGGAAAUUGUGGAACAAACCACUCCUUCAUUUAGAUCUUUUAAAACCUUACACAUAUCGACCACGCCCAUAAUCCAAGGAAGUCCUACAAUAUCUAGGGAAAAUAUAUCUUUUGCUGCAUCCUCAACAUCGUUCUCACAAGUAAAAACGCCCACUAAAAAUGUUUCUAUUCCUCUCCGAACCUCUGACACAUUAACCACGCCUAUAAGCCAAGGGAGCUCCACAAUAUUUACGGAAAAAAUAUUUUUUGAUGCCUCUUCAACGCCGUUCUUACAAUUAAAAACACCGACUCGAAACGAUUCUGUCCUUUUCCGAACUUUUCAUGUAUCGACCACGCGCAUAAUCCAAGAAGGCUCUACGAUAUUAAGGGAUAAAAUAUCUAUAUGUACCACACUGUUUCCACAAACAAAGACGUCAACUGGUUAUGUUGCAGUCUCAUCUUCGCAUAAAUCAGCAACUGUUAGUAGAUUUGUAAUACUGCCGUGUAAAGGGCAUAGAACAGAGCUAAUACCGCAUCAAUCGAGGACUUCACACACUAAUCAGUAUUCAACCACUGAUAUUGCCGUUAUGUUUUUAACGGUGAAUUUGAAAAGUAUAUCAGAAAAGGUAAAGAGUUGUCUUGAAUUUGACAUCAGGAAGGAAUCAAUAGGUUUAGGGCCUCUUCAUAUGAGAGUUACUCUGUCAAAAAAGUGUUCAAAGAGUUGUCCUGUCGGUUUUUAUAUUAGCGUACGGGCGCGGUUACCGGGAAGAACGGCGACGACGGCGAUGGCAUCGUCUUGAUUGGAACUCCACAUCAUAAAAAGCAUCCCAUUUAACUGCAAUAGGUUUAGAUACCGAUGCUAAGACAUAAAACUAAAAAACUUUAGGUUUCUUUUGUUUUGUGUUGCGUCACCUUUUUUAAAUACAUUUGGGCAAAACUUUGACACUUUUUUGUACAUUUCUUCGCCGUCGCUGCACGACUACAAUGUGAAAGUGCGUCUAAUACGCCACUUCCACAUUUCCCAUAAUGCGCCCUAUUUGCCCUCCAAAAUUUUGCAUAAGCAUUGUUUUCAAUUUCUCUUGGGACGGCUGUAAUACCCAGGAGAAAUGAAAACCAAAGAUUAUGCAAAAUGUUGGGGGGCAAAUAAGGUGCAUUAGACACGCGUGAAAAACGCAGUGCGCAUGCGUGCCUUCCCUGCUUCCGGCGCGAAUUUGCAUGUGCCUCCCCCAAUCAAAAUUAUACGCGAUACCAAAACAAACUAGAUUUUGAAAUUCGCUUAGGACUUGAACACAAAGUUUAUUAAAUGCUUUAGUUUCUCUCUUUUGAACGACUUUCUUUUUCAUGUUUGAAAGUCCACGCUCUGCACUUUGAUACAUUGUCUGUUUUAGUCAAUUCAGCUCGAACAACGAAAAAAAUUUGCCAGUGGAAACACAAGGACGGAAAAAUUGACUGGACGCCUUUACCAGUUAGAAUAAGUGCGAUAAAGUUUGCAAACCAUUAAACAGGGAAACAUUCUAAGUGUUUUUCAAUUUUGAAGGUUUUGCAAAUUUUUUUUGAAAAUAGAGAGCCGUCGACGUUUUGCACGCGUGUCGGUGCAUUAUGUGAAAUGUGAAAUGUGGAAGUGGCGUAGUUUAACGUUUUGUCGAGGACUUGAGCACAUGAGAACGACUUUUUCUUUUCCUGAACUUUGAUACAGUCUUUUAGAAUUCAGCUCGAGAAAAACUUGCCAACAUUUGACGAAUUGAACGAGUUAGAAUAAGUGCAAUAAAGUUUGAAGUAGCGCGAAUUCACUUUUGAAGUGACGUUUUCGUAGCCGUCGAUGUUGUUGUUGCUUAAGUUCUUUAUUGAGUUAUUCCUCCUUUUCUUUUGCUUGUUAUUAAUGCUAUUGUUUGCUAUUGCUAUCCAAGGACCAUCUCAGCGAACAAACGGUUUUCUUGAAUGGAUCGUGACUUGCUGUAAUUUGUUUGUCCGAAAAUCAGUUGUGCAGACGAACAAUAUAACUCUGUGGAAUCUUUUGUGACAAUCAAGCUUAAGUGUACUACUUUCCUGUUGCACCGGUUAUCUUACCACAAAGGGUAUAUGUAUAGCUCUAACUUUUGAGUCCGAGCACUCAAUCCUAAAGUAUGACCAUUCAAAUUUAAGCUACGUAGCAGUGCUUUUGUGGGUUAAUGUUUAUUAUGCUGUAAAAGGUGUUUUUUACUUUUUAGUCUGUGGAUGAAAUCCCAAAGUGUGACCAUUCAAAUAAAAGGUACUGGGCAGUGCUUUCCGGUGGUACUGUUUAUUAUGCUGUAAAAGGUUGUUCUAACUUUUGUGUCUUUAAAUGAAAUCCUUAAGUGUGACAAUGCAAAUGAAAGCUACUGAGCAUUACUUUCCUGUGGUACUGUUUUUUUUGUUAUGUAAAAGGUGCAUGGCUCUACUUUUGUGUCUGUGAAUGAAAUCCUUAUUAAAGUGUGACCAUUCAAUGAAACUACAUUCUUGUGAUACUGGCUCUAGCCAAAAAUAAUAGCUAUAGCUUUUGAGUAUGUGGAGGAAAUCGUGAAGUGUGACGAUUCUUGCGGUGAUUUCACCUGAUCGAUUCCAAUUAUUUUUCACUGUUCUGGUAAUCAAAAUAACUUAUUCUUGAAUCAGUUCGCCUUUGGCACUUUUUCAAGAAAACAAAAGUUAAAAAAAUGACCUCUUUAGGCAGUAAGCUAAAAUCACUGUUAAAUAUCGGGUUUACAAAUUAAUGGCCAGUACAAAUCAGCUUAUUAAGUAGAAAUUUGCCUCCUGGCAGAUUUACUUUCAGAGAAGAAAAUAUUCAUAAAAGAACGUGCUGUGUCGUUGUUUUUCAAACCCUAUAGCCUGAGGCAAAUAUACACGGAUAUGCUUUGAAUGUAGGGACUUUAGACAAUUGGUAGCUCUUCGUGAUGUUUUGUUGCCUUUGACAAAAAUAACUGGAGAGCUCUUUUAAUCAGUCAAUAAAAUGUCGUGUGCGCAGUUUGGAUUGACUUCUUUUGACAAAUUUAAGAACUAAAUGACCACUCAUUAGCUUAUCUUUGUUCAACUCAAUGGAAAUUAGAAUCUUACGUCAAUAAAUCGGAAAUAGCAGAGAUAAUUGGUAAUCGUGGGUUGUUAUUUUCGUUCAUUUGUGAAAGGAAACUUUGAGGAGUGAUUAUAAAAAAAAGGCACGAUUAUUGUUAGUAUUAGAGAAUAAUUUGUAUCAAACAACUUAUAUUUGCAAGCAACACGACAGUGUUUUCUGUUUGAAGCAACUGAUGGAGUUAAUUGAAAUUAUCUGGUAUCUCUGAAGCAAUAAAGAUACGUUUUCUUCCGAUAUGAAGAUAUGCAGUAUUGGAAACCUACGAUUACGCAUGCCCACGGUCUCUCGAAAAAAAAAAAAGAAAGAAGAACUGAAUAAUCACUUGAGGGGUAACAUGAUAAAGGAAAAACGAAACGUGAUCAGAAAUGAUUUGAGUUUGUGGCUGUUUGCGAGCAUCAUGUGGCGUUUGGUCCCUUACAACAUCUUCGCUUGGUAUAAUUCAGUUUGGGGUCUUUUAACAGGUUUGUUUUAGCUUUAAGAUUGCUUUUCCUUGUUUCCUUACCAGUUUUUUACUUUGAAAAUUGCGAGCUUAAUUAAUUAAUACAUCAGAAAUGCCUGAACCAUAUCACUUCAUAAGGCAGAGUGAUUCAUGCACCUUAUCAAACCUCUUAAUCUCCAGAUGAAAUUUUCAUUUCUUUAGCUCCGCAGUUCCGUAGUCAGUAUACAGGUUGCCUCCUUAAGAUUUUGAAGUCUGGUGCCCGCCUUACGAAAACAAAAAGUAAUAAAUAAAAUGUCUAAGAUGUCUAGGAUGCAUUUUGAAAAGGUAGUUUUUCUGAUAUUGGCUUGGUAAAGACAAGUUUCUUCCCGUGACGGCCUUGUUCAGUCACUAUUAAAAAAAUUAACUAACCAAUUCAUGUUAUUUUGUACUUUUUUGUCGAGAACUUCCACCACAGAAGUGAAAGUAAAACUAUAUUACCUGUCGCAUACCAUCGUUAUUACCCUGCCUUUGCAUCACCACGCGUUGCAAUUGACUGGAGUAUUUCGCGUCAUUUUCUUAGCCAAUUAUACACAAAACCAAAACCAAUCAUACAAUCUCUCUUAGUAUUUUACCUCUAUAAUCUCUUAGCAUAUAUUAUUUAUAUGUUGACCUCGGUGUUGGUGUCACGACACUCCACUGAAGUCACCAAAGUCUGUUUAGUCUAUGUAAGAGGGCCUAAUUCAUGAUGUUGCAAAAUAAAUAGGUUUUGAUCCAUGCGUAUGUUUCCCGCACAGUUCAAAGAUACUUUUAGAAUUCACUUACUAUAAUUACGUGAACUUUUUAUAUGUAAGAUUUGUUGACGUAAUGUUUUCAAAACGAGCACGUGUGUUUUGAAAAGUUUAAAACACAAAGCAUAACUGAGUGAUGUUAUAGACAUGAAUUCUUAAACAAUUUCUUAAACGUUAUCUCUAUCGCAGAACUGUUCUAAUUGUUGGUUUUGUUUGGUCCUAUCCAAGCAAACGGGCUUGAAAUUCAGCUUAAGACGGAAUCCACCAGGAAAUUGAGUAAUUUAAAUUUUAAGUGGACAAAAACCUGGUACCAAAAUAAUUUAAAGAAUAUAUUGCAUUCUUUUUUUUUCGUUUUUCAAAUGCUUAAGAUGUAAUUAGUUUUCUGCAUUAACACCAAGAACAUUCCUCAUGGAAGUCUGACAAAAUAAUUGUCAAAUUUCACAAGAAUUGUGAAAACACAGUUAAAAUUCUGAAAAAUUCAUGUGUAAGAUGUAAUUUUGUGAAAUUUAACAUUCAUUUUCUUGGGCUCCCAUGAGAAAUUUUCUUUGGUGUUAUUGCUGAUGACUGGUUACAUCUUUAGCCCUUGAAAAAUGUAAAAAUGAAUGAAAUAUGCUUUAAAUUAUUCUGGUACAAGGUUUUUGUCCACUGAACAUUAACUAAAAUUACUCAAUUUCCUGAUGGAUUCCGUCUUAAUCCAGAUCGUUAGAUUUAAGGCAAAAAAAGCCACAGCAGAAAAGAUUGACCUAAAGACAGUCAUUCUAUUUAUUUGUUUAUCUUUUGGAAUAAUGACAUGUUUGCUGAGAUUUCCUCCACCUGUUUCGCUUCAGAUAUGCACUACAAGUCCUCCAGAAAAUAACGUGAUGAAUAUGUUAUUAAGAACUGUGUUACCCGGAACAGUGGUAGGAAUAUUUGUUAUUUCCGUUUCGCUGCUGUUGCUCUGUAUUGCUCGAAGGAUGGGCAAUCUGAUGUAAGUAAUUUGAAGGUUAUUUGUAGGUUUUGUUGUUUCUGCCCAUUAUUUUAUUUUAUUUAUUUUAUUAACUGUCCAUAGUUAACUGUCCCUUUCAGUUUUAAUGGUCGUUUGUAUUUUUUCAGACGCGUUGGAACGGAUAGAAACGAGGCGGCUCAAGGUCGGUCGAUGUAUUUUUAAGCAGACUGUCGUUUAUCUAGAUAUAUUAGUUUCAACUUUGCGGUGAAUCACAUCGACCGCUAAUACAUCCUUUUGGGGGUUCCUUAAACGUCGUGCUACUGCCGUGCCGAUGUAAGUUGAUCGAAUUGAACUCGACUUUAGCACGUCAUUAGCGCGACGUUUGAAACCAAGUCGAGCUACUGCUGUGCUGAACUCAAUUCAUAAAUUAUAAAUACAUUAGAAUACAUUUAAAAGUUUGCUAAACCGUUCUUUUAUUUUUGUGUUUUGUUUUCGGCAACAACCGUUCCAUUCGACUGAAUUAAAUUCGACGUCUGAAACCAAGUCGUGCUAGUGUCGUGCUACAGUCGAGCCAGCUUAGCACGGCAGUAGCACGACGUUUGAAACAGGCCUAACUUAUCAGAGGUUUGCUGAUCGAAAAACAUUGUUCGGCAAUUUAAACAUGAAAUCAACCAAGCAAAUAACUGCGUUUCUUAUAGAAGAGUAUCUUGUUUGCAUAGUAAUUUUUGUCUUAUCAUUGUCUAAGGAAGCUAUAAAAAUACCAACUCUGAUAUUGGAACUAUAAAUCGCUGAAAAUUUAUAUUUGACCUCAGUAUACCAGAUUCUUAUGAAAAGAUCAAAAAGUAUGGUUCAAUAAACAUAACAAAAAAAAUCAAUUUCAAAUACCACGAUGUCUAAAAUCAUAUUCUAACGAGCCAAAUUAACGUAACUGAUGACAUCACAUUGAAUUUGCCUUCAUGUUAAUUACACCGUGAAAGACGUGUAAAACAGUGAGACGAUUAAGACAUGAAGGUCAUAUUUGAUAAUGAUACCCCCUGUUUUGAAAUGUGUUAUGUUUAUGCGGUCUAAGUAAAUGACGUCUACUCAUGAUACAUUCGGCAAAAUUAACGAAGAUUAUUGAAUUAUUAAAUCAUUUGGUUCGUGCCUGUCUUUCUUAUAUUUCAGUUUCAGUUUUCCCGCGCAAAAAGCCGGUCACUUGCCCUAACUUAGAAGAAGCUCGUUCCCAGGGUCCUCUCCUACCCGUCCCUGUGGAGUGAGAGGACACUGGGAAAGAGAUUGAACUUAGAAUUCCUUUUGGUUCACUGAGUUACAGCAUCACAGACUUCUAUGAUUGGUCAAAUAUGGGUUACGAGCUGCUGACUAAACUAAAUUACUGCAACCAAUUGAACAUUGUUAUACUAAAUAAAAAUAUUAUUUUUUCCUUUAUAUUUUUAGGAGAAGUGCAAUCUGUAAGUGAGGUAAGCUUUUUUGUUCAAUUGCCUAUUAAAUAGAAAAAAAAAAUAAAAAUAACAAUUAUACUUACAGAUAGCUUUCAAUUGAAAAAACUGGUAGUACAGUCAGGGCUCUCUAAGACAGCACUUAGUGUCUAUCUUAGAGUAAUGUCCGGCUCAUGGACAGUCAAAUUAGGGAGCUUAAGCCAACGACGACUUCGACGACAACGAGAACGCCACAAAAUCAAUAGGUUUAGAUUAGCAAAACAACAACUUUGCACGUGCAUCACGCUUAUUUGUACUUUUCUUUGCCGUCACUGCACGACUACAACUUGAAAGUGCCUAAUUUCUUGUUUUGUUGACAACGUGAACUCAAGACAACGACUUUCUUUUUCUUUUCCUGAACUUUCAUACAGUCUUUUAGAAUUCAACUCCAGUAAAAUUUGCCAACAUUUGACGAAUUGAAUGAGUUGGAAUAAGCGAGAUAAAUGUUUGAAGUAGCGCGAAUUCACUUUUUAACUGACGUUUCCGUAGCUGUUGUCGUCAUUGUUGCUUAAGGUUCCUAUUGACGGAGUAACGAAAGGCAGGGACCAACUCUAGGUGUCCGACUUUUAGAGGUGUCUGUUAAGAAAUUCGACUAUAUUGAUUGGUCAAAUUAAGAUUGCUUAAAAUGCAGAAAACAUCUGUGUCACCCCGUGUAAGAUAAUUCAAGACAGUGUCGGAUUCUGAAUUCCAUACUGUGGAUUCCGGAUCACAGGCAAUGGAUUCUGGAUUCCUUGAGUUAUAGUGGAACUUGGAUUCCAGAUUUCAUUCAAUAGCGGUAUUGCAAAUCCCUCGGCUGAAUUCUGCAUUCCAAAUCCCAGGGCUCUGGAUUUCGCAAGCAAAUAUUUCCCGGAUUUCAGAAUGCCGUGAAAUACGUUUAUAGGAAAGCUGAAUCAAUUCCACAAGUACUCUUAGCAAUGGUCGAUUCUGUAUCAGCUCAAAUCAUGCUUUAAUGUCAUUUUUUUCUGACAGGACGCUACUGUUAAUGGAAUUGAGGAAGAAAACCUUUCUGUUUACGAAUUAGUUGAAAGAGGCAAUAACGCACAUCUGACGGAACUUCGACAGACAGGUAUACAUCAUCUUACUCUCUACUCCAAGGGAGCAAAAGUGGCGCAGCGGUGAGAGCACUCGCCUUUCACCAAUCUAUCCCGGGUUCAAAUCCCGACAUGGAACCCAUAUUAAGGCUAAGUUUGUUAUUAGUUCUCUCCCCUGCUCCGAGAGGUUUUUAUUCGGGUGCUUCGGUUUUCCCCUCCCCUCGAAAACCAACAUUUCCAAAUUCCAAUUCGAACAGGAAUCAGGUAGACGAAGAAUCACUUAGUUUUUGCGCUUCAUCUAAAUCGUUACUUAUUUAUUUUAAUCCAAACAACGCGUAACAUGCUGUAGCACUUGAAGUGUGAACCACUUCGUAACACAUAAGUGGGGGUCAUGGUGUGUUCCCCACCCCUAUAAACCCUGAGAGAACUUUCUCGCAGGCCAGGCGCUGAAAAUCGGUUCUUAUAAUGAUCGAAGUGGUGAAUAAAUUCAUAUUUUGAAUGCUCAAACACUUUCAGCACUUUCAACGACUUUCAGAAAAGAAUCAAAUUUUUUCUUGCAAAAAGGUCUCAUAAAGCUUUUGCACUGUCGUAUAAACAUGGUAAAAUUGUGGCUCUGGACUCGGUACCAAAAAAGUGGAUUAAGUACAGUUUUUCAUAUUUUUUGUAUGAAAGAGAAUCGUUAUCAAUGGAAUAUAUCAUAUGCGUUUCGUUUAACUUAAGGGCCUUGGUUAUACUUACCAUUAAGUCAAAGCCUUUUAUUUGUUUACACAGUGACAAAUCCAAACUAUCAAAGGGAAGGAAACCUCGUUCUCCAAGAUUUUUCGCACGCUAUCAGGCACCCAAAUGACAAUGAGAUUAUCUACGCAGAGCCCUUUGCGCCUUUGCCUGUUCAAAGUGGCAAUGAUACCAGCUUAACUAGUUUAACCGGCUCAGGUGGGGCAUCAUCACAGGACACUACAUCCAAUACAUAUCAGAGCCUUAUAGGAAAAAGCGCAGAAAGUGGUAAGACAAUUUAUAAAACUGAAACAACAUUUGUAAAUGCAAUUACAUAAAGUCAGUCUGUUAUUCGGUCAUGAGUCAUUUUUGGGCGGAAAUUAUUAUCUGCCAUCUCGGCAGCCUGAAAAGGCGAGAUAAAGGAAGAAAUUGGUCUCAUAUACACCCCACUCAUUCCCCAUCCAUCCAUCCGUCCUUCCCUCCAUCUGUCCCUCUUUCCCUCCCCGGUGCAUCCGUCCGUUCGUGCGUCCGUCCGUCCAUCCAUCCAUCCAUCCAUCCAUCCAUCCAUCCAUCCAUCCAUCCAUCCAUCCAUCCAUCCAUCUGUCCUUCCCUUCAUCUGUCCCUCUUUCCCUCCCCCGUGCAUCCGUCCGUUCGUACGUCCAUCCAUCCAUCCAUCCAUCCAUCCAUCCAUCCAUCUGUCCUUCUUUCCCCCCCCGGUGCAUCCGUCCAUCCAUCCAUCCAUCCAUCCAUCCAUCCAUCCAUCCAUCCAUCCAUCCAUCCAUCCAUCCAUCCAUCCAUCCAUCCAUCCAUCCAUCUGUCCUUCCCUCCAUCUGUCCCUCUUUCCCUCCCCGGUGCAUCCGUCCGUUCGUGCGUCCAUCCAUCCAUCCAUCCAUCCAUCCAUCCAUCCAUCCAUCCAUCCAUCGAUUACGUUAAUACAUUGCUUCAUUUUAUCAGUGAAAUAUAUAUAUAUUUUUUAAUUUGUUGUGCAAGAUCCAGCUGAAUGUUGUUUUUCUCUCUCUUUCAUCUAUUUAGUAUUAUAUGCAUCGCGAUACUCAGUGCCUGAGCAGCUUGGCCAAGGACCUUCUAACAAAUGCACCGACCAAGCCUUUCUAAAAGCACCAAGCAUCAGCGGAGAUUUACCGUGCACCACAGAGGUACUUUCAGAUACUGAACGAUAUUCAGAAACUCAGCAAUCUGAGCCUGUGCCUUUCUUUAACGGGCCGAGACAGGAAAGACUGAUAGGCGCCAGUGUGGGCCACCAUUCAUCAACUAACGUGGAUGACCUUCCAAAUAUGGAACGGAAAGCCCGAUACAGAUUAAAAGAUGUUUUCGUUGAAGAUUUAGAGAUAGAAACGCGUGGAACGAAUAAUCCUUUUCAGGAGAUCUCCAUAUCUCCUUCAGUACUGCUGGGCGAUACGGCAAAGACAGGGAACAUAGACUGUGAAAAUGUCCAGCAUGGUCACGUGAACGCUAUUAAGGAACAUUUUAAUGCAUUGGCUCAGUUGAGCCAGGAAACUCGUCCUCAAAAAAGGAAUACAGAAUCUGUAGAAGACGCUCAGUGUUUUAAUGAUUUGGCGUCUUCAGAGAGCAAAUUUAGUCCCCAAGAGAAGCUGCAAGCAUUUUUUAAGAUGACACUCUAG